AUGCUGAACGGAACUGGAGUUAAAAUCUUUACUGGUACCAGCCAUCCUGAGCUGGCGGAGAUCAUUGCUCGACGCCUUGGUCUACCUCUUGCAAAAGCUGAUGUGACCAAGAGCGGCAUCGGCGAGACAAGCGUCCGCAUUGCAGAGAGCGUUCGCGAGAACGAUGUGUAUAUUAUCAAUACUGGCUGCGGGGCAGUCAACACAUCCCUCAUGGAGUUGUGUAUCAUGAUCCAUGCCUGCAAGAUUGCAAGUGCUAAACGCAUAACGGCCGUCGUCCCUCUUUUCCCAUACGCACGACAAGACAAGAAGGAUAAGAGCCGCGCCCCAAUCACGGCGAAGCUCGUAGCGAACAUGAUACAAAAAGCAGGUUGUGAUCACGUCAUUACCAUGGACCUCCAUGCAUCACAAAUUCAAGGAUUCUUUGAUGUGCCACUUUUUGCUGAGCCAUCAUCAAUCCUGUACAUACGCACCCAUUUCGAUCUUCAAAAUGUCGUAAUCGUUUCCCCCGAUGCGGGCGGCGCCAAGAGGGCUACUUCCAUUGCAGAUCGCCUGGGCGUCGAUUUCGCUCUUUUUCACAAGGAGCGCAAAAAGGCCAAUUCCGUAUCCCGGAUGGUUCUCGUUGGGCAUGUCAAGGACAAAGUUGCCAUCCUCAUCGAUGAUAUGGCCGACACUUGCGGAACGCUAUGCCUUGCAGCACAUCAUCUCACCGAAGCAGGUGUAGCCAAGGUUUACGCAAUCGUGACACAUGGAAUAUUGAGCGGCGACGCUCUAGAAAAUAUUGAGAAAAGCGUGCUGGAGAAACUGAUCGUGACAAAUACGUUACCUCAGAAAGAGAACCAGGCGAAGUGUUCUAAGAUCGAAGUUAUCGACAUCGGACCUGUCCUCGGGGAGGUUAUCCGGCGAAGCCAUUAUGGGGAGAGCGUGUCGAAGCUCUUCCACGAGGUUCCCUACUAG